AAUAAGUAAUCAUUGACACCAGAGACUGUACAUAUCACAAAUUUCGAAGAUAAAAACAAUAUUGCAAUCAAAGCUUCAUAUCUAUUGAGUAACAAGAAUUGAAGCUAUGGUACAUCCAGCCCUUCCCAAAGUGACAGCGUAUUUGGGAGAGCUGAGCAACGCAAGCCUUGACUAUUUUCCUGGUUCAAUCCUACAAGGCAUCCAAGCCAUUCAUGUUGGAAAAGGAAUCAUAGAGUGUAAACUGAUCAUAGAGGACCGUGUUUUGGGGGAAGAUGGGACCAUUCACACUGGAGCGAUUGCAGCGAUAAUGGAAAAUAUAGGAGCCACAGCCAUAUUCUCGGCUGGAGGAUCUGAUCAUGCCUCAGUAGAUUUCAACUAUUCGCUAUAUUCGACAGCCAAGAAGCAAAUAAAUAAUGUAGGACGAAGUAAAGAUCGAAGCAAGAGUGAUAGGCAGGAAAGACGAUCUAACGUCCGCAGUGAUUGAGAUUCGAAGAGAAUGUGAUGAAGAACUCAUAGCCACAGGGAGGCUGUGGAUGGUACAACGACGUAGCCUCAAUGUCAAACAUAAUGGUGUUGAUCUACCUAGCAAGCUCUAAUGGCUCUAGUGUGUUUGAUAAGAAUAAUUCCAAUCCAUGGACUGUUCUCUUGAUUACUAUUGUAUGUAAUGUCGUAGAAAUAUUUGUUUCCAUCUUGUAAUUUUAUUUCUUCAUAUACAUAAUUGCUGUCACGAGAGUAAA